CAUGCGUAUGACGUUUCACACCGGUUCCUCUUUCUCUCUCCGCUUCCUUCACAGAAGGUCCUUCGUCAAACCUCACCAUGGCGAACGUAGCUGAUACUAAAUUAUACGACAUUCUUGGAGUAUCGCCUACGGCAACAGAAAAUGAAUUGAAAAAGGCAUACCGGAAAUUGGCGAAAGAAUAUCAUCCUGACAAGAACCCCAACGCUGGAGACAAGUUCAAGGAGAUCAGCUUUGCCUAUGAAGUGUUGACUAACCCCGAGAAGAAGGAGCUGUAUGACCGUUAUGGGGAGCAAGGCCUACGGGAAGGGGGUGGGGGAGGCGGCGGCAUGGACGAUAUCUUCUCCCACAUUUUUGGAGGAGGCCUUUUUGGGUUCAUGGGUGGCCAGGGUCGUCGUAACGGAGGCCGGAGGAGAGGAGAGGAUAUGGUGCACCCUCUUAAGGUGUCCCUUGAAGACCUCUACAAUGGGAAAACAACCAAACUACAGUUGAGCAAGAAUGUCUUGUGUGCAACUUGCCAUGGCCAGGGCGGCAAGACCGGCGCGGUCCAGAAGUGUACUGCCUGCAGGGGGCGAGGCAUGCGCAUCAUGAUCAGACAGCUGGCUCCUGGGAUGGUCCAACAGAUGCAGUCCGUCUGCACUGACUGUAACGGCGAAGGUGAGGUGAUCAGUGAGAAGGACCGCUGUAAAAAAUGUGAAGGCAAGAAGGUGGUGAAGGAGGUGAAGAUCCUGGAGGUCCAUGUGGACAAAGGCAUGAAGCACGGGCAGAAGAUCACCUUCGGAGGAGAGGCAGACCAGGCACCUGGAGUGGAGCCGGGAGACAUCGUUCUCGUCCUGCAGGAGAAAGAACACGAGACCUACAAGAGAGACGGCAGCGACAUACACAUGGUUCACAAGAUUGGUUUAGUUGAAGCACUUUGCGGAUUCCAGUUUACACUGAAACAUCUAGAUGCCAGACAGAUUGUGGUGAAGUACCCUGCUGGAAAAGUUAUUGAGCCAGGCUCCAUCAGGGUGGUGAGGGGAGAGGGCAUGCCACAGUACCGCAACCCCUUUGAGAAGGGAGAUCUCUACAUCAAGUUCGAUGUGCAGUUCCCCGAGAACAACUGGAUCAGCCCAGAGAAGCUGACGGAGCUGGAGGAUCUGCUCCCUACCAGAGCUGACCCGCCGGUCAUCUCGGCCGAUGCCGAGGAGGUCGACCUACAGGACUACGACAACAGCCAGAGCUCGUCUGGCGGCCACCGCCGCGAAGCCUAUAACGACAGCUCCGACGAGGAGGGCGGCCAUCACGGCCCCGGUGUCCAGUGUGCCCACCAGUAGGACUGCCCAUCCCGGCACAACUCGGGGCCCAGCUUGGCACCAGGAGCGGGGAAGAUGGGGAAGCAAUGUACCAGUUGCACAACAAAUUGAAAGGGCGUGGUUCUGAUCUGAUCAGGGGUUUGCCUUAAACACGAAAUGACGCAUCCUUCUGCCCCCCCCUUACCUUCCCCACUCAAACACCCACCUGUAGUAAACGCACAGCCCAAAUAUCCCCUGUCCCUAUGCCCCCCCAUCUCACAUCGUUCCCACAUGUACUCAGCACAUCUAGAGGCAACCCCCCCCCCAAACACACACAAAGGAUACAAAGGUCAUUUCUCUCUGGCGUGGCGUGUUACUCUCAUCCUUUGUUGUCAUAGUAUUUACGCAAGUUCAUUUAAACUAACCACAAAUGCAGUUUCGUGCUGGGACAUUUUUUGACCUCUCCAGAGAUUCUGUGGCUAACGAGAGAAACCCAGAAGAAAAAAAAAGAGUAAAGACGUCCUUCAAAAACAUCAUGGGACUCACACCAUCACAUUUUUAGGUUUGUUUGUAUGUAUCUGUGCUUGAUUUUUACCACUUUAUUUUCUUUGUAGAUUUUUACUUUUCUUUUUUUUUUUUCUUUCUAUUUUAUUUUAAAAGAUUGGAACCGAAGACAAUGUGUAUAAAAUUGAAGUGAUUGUCAUUAAGCUUUGUAUCAGCUGCUGUCAUGCAGAGCAAUGUGAUUUAUAAACUAGAAAUAAAAUUCAGUCGCCUGUA